CAUAUGGGCGGGAGCGUGAAGGAGGCUGCGAAUUCCGUUUCAAGGAAUCUCUCAGCGCUUGGAGCAGACACCAUGAGCAAAGCUCACCCUCCCGAGCUGAAAAAGUUUAUGGACAAGAAGUUGUCAUUGAAAUUAAAUGGUGGCAGACAUGUCCAGGGAAUCCUACGGGGAUUUGAUCCCUUUAUUAACCUCGUGAUAGAUGAAUGUGUGGAGAUGGCAAAUAGUGGACAACAGAACAAUAUUGGAAUGGUGGUAAUACGAGGAAAUAGUAUCAUCAUGUUAGAAGCCUUGGAACAAGUAUGACUGUUCAAAACCCAUGUUCCCUCUCCAAAGGACCUGUUUUACUAUGAUGUAAAAGUUGGGUCAUGUACAUUUUCAUAUUAAAUUUUUUGUUAAAUAAA